CCUCCUCCUCUACCUCCAUCUCUUUCUCCUCCUCCUCCUCUACCUCCAUCUCUUUCUCCUCCUCCUCCUCCUUCUCCUCCUCCUCCUCCUUCUCCUCCUCCUCCUCCUUCUCCUCCUCCUCUACCUCCAUCUCUUUCUCCUCCUCCUCCUCUACCUCCAUCUCUUUCUCCUCCUCCUCCUCUACCUCCAUCUCCUUCUCCUCCUCCUCUACCUCCAUCUCUUUCUCCUCCUCCUCCUCUACCUCCAUCUCUUUCUCCUCCUCCUCCUCUACCUCCAUCUCUUUCUCCUCCUCCUCCUCUACCUCCAUCUCCUUCUCCUCCUCCUCCUCUACCUCCAUCUCUUUCUCCUCCUCCUCCUCCUCCUCUACCUCCAUCUCCUUCUCCUCCUCCUCCUCCUCCUUCUCCUCCUCCUCUACCUCCAUCUCUUUCUCCUCCUCCUCCUCCUCCUCUACCUCCAUCUCCUUCUCCUCCUCCUCCUCCUUCUCCUCCUCCUCCUCUACCUCCAUCUCUUUCUCCUCCUCCUCCUUCUCCUCCUCCUCUACCUCCAUCUCCUUCUCCUCCUCCUCUACCUCCAUCUCUUUCUCCUCCUCCUCCUCUACCUCCAUCUCCUUCUCCUCCUCCUCUACCUCCAUCUCUUUCUCCUCCUCCUCCUCCUCCUCCUCCUCCUCCUCCUCUACCUCCAUCUCCUUCUCCUCCUCCUCUACCUCCAUCUCCUUCUCCUCCUCCUCUACCUCCAUCUCCUUCUCCUCCUCCUCUACCUCCAUCUCCUUCUCCUCCUCCUCCUCCUCCUCCUUCUCCUCCUCCUCUACCUCCAUCUCCUUCUCCUCCUCCUCCUCCUUCUCCUCCUCCUCUACCUCCAUCUCCUUCUCCUCCUCCUCCUCCUCUACCUCCAUCUCUUUCUCCUCCUCCUCCUCUACCUCCAUCUCUUUCUCCUCCUCCUCCUCCUCCUCCUUCUCCUCCUCCUCCUCUACCUCCAUCUCCUUCUCCUCCUCCUUCUCCUCCUCCUCCUCCUCCUCUACCUCCAUCUCUUUCUCCUCCUCCUCCUCUACCUCCAUCUCUUUCUCCUCCUCCUCCUCCUUCUCCUCCUCCUCCUCCUCUACCUCCAUCUCCUUCUCCUCCUCCUCUACCUCCAUCUCUUUCUCCUCCUCCUCCUUCUCCUCCUCCUCUACCUCCAUCUCCUUCUCCUCCUCCUCCUCCUCUACCUCCAUCUCCUUCUCCUCCUCCUCCUCCUUCUCCUCCUCCUCCUCCUUCUCCUCCUCCUCCUCCUCCUCUACCUCCAUCUCCUUCUCCUCCUCCUCCUCUACCUCCAUCUCCUUCUCCUCCUCCUCCUCCUCUACCUCCAUCUCCUUCUCCUCCUCCUCCUCUACCUCCAUCUCUUUCUCCUCCUCCUCCUCCUUCUCCUCCUCCUCCUCUACCUCCAUCUCCUUCUCCUCCUCCUCUACCUCCAUCUCCUUCUCCUCCUCCUCCUCUUCCUCCUACUCCUCUUCCUCUACCUCCUCCUCCUCCUUCUCCUCCUCCUUCUCCUCCUCCUCUACCUCCAUCUCCUUCUCCUCCUCCUCUACCUCCAUCUCCUUCUCCUCCUCCUCCUCCUCCUCCUCCUCUACCUCCAUCUCUUUCUCCUCCUCCUCCUCCUCCUUCUCCUCCUCCUCCUCUACCUCCUCCUCCUCCU